CCAUAAACAAGUUACUCCAAUAACCAAAUGUCAAACUAUGCAAAUUAUAUUGAGUUACUCCUGAAUUUGCGCAAGAAAAGAAAAUUGAAGUGUUGUUAACACGUUGUAGUCUUUGCCGUGGAAGAAGUAUCGAAACCCUUUUAUCAUUCUAUUAAACUCCAUGAUCAUGCCACUCAAUUUCUUUACUGAUUCUUCAUCAUCAACCUUUAGAAUCUGCAAAAAAUUCAUACCCAUUAAACAAUUAAUCCAAUUUCAACAAUGGAGUCCUGGGUAGGAACACUGCUCAAAGAUAUCAAAGAAAAGGUUGUACUUUCUGCGACUUCAUCAGCUACAACAAUUAACCCCCUUUUGUCUCUAUUAUCUAAACAGAAUGAACUUGAAGUUGUACCAACGACAAGAACAGAAACAGUAUCUUCUAUUGAUUAUUUUCCUUUUAGGUUGUUGCCUCCAGAACUUCAGUUACUUAUUGAUUAUGUUAAUCAAAUGAGACUCAUAAAAACAAGCCAUAAUCUUAUUAACAUAUUGGGAAGAUUGAUAUUCUUGGAGCAUUUGGCCUCCGAAAGGGCUUCUUCCGCACCUUGUUUAGAAUUUGACAUGAGCAAAAUAGGGCAUGCUUGUAUAACAACGUCACUUGGGGAGACGGCAUGGCCACCUGAUGGCGGUUACUCUUUUAUUUGCUGGUUUCAGUCUAUGGGAUUAAAGUCACUGCAAACAGAACAUCGAGGGGUGACGAAACUGAGGUUGUUUUCUGUUGGUUCAACGAAUAGUGAGAAUACAUUUAGCGAAGAACUGUAUCUGCAAGAGGAUGGCCAGCUGACUCUUGUAAUAAACAAUACUUCUCUACUGUCCUGCUCUAGUCUGGAACUUGAAGAAGAUGAAUGGUACCAUCUUGCCAUAGUCCAGAGUAGGAAAGAUUCUGUUGCUGCCGAGAAAUUUUCUUGUGUUGUAUACACAUAUCUUAAUGGGAAGCUGAUUGAUGCUAGUGAACUUGCAUACACUCCGAAGCGUGUUGAGAUGGGAUUGCAGAUAACCAUUGGGACACCUGCUAAUUAUGCAAGGGUGAGCGACUUAAAAUGGAGACUCCGAAGUUGCUAUCUUUUCAUUGAACCGCUCUCUUCUGAAUUAAUCUACUUCAUGUACAUACUUGUUUGUGGAUGCAAAGUUUUACGUCAAGGCUCAAAUAAUUCUGAAUUUAAUGUCAGCGUAUUGGACUCAAGUUCUGAUUCUGCAAUCCAAAUGUUAGAAACUUCUGGACAACUUAAGAGACGAGAGGAAGAUUACUCGGGGAUGAUUAGGAAUUUGGGGAUUCUAGAUAAACUGUGGUUAGAACUUUGCGGAAAAAAACUUCUUUGUGCAUUCAAUGCUGCACGAAUAGAAGCUAUGCAAACAACGCAGACUUUGGCCUUGCUCAAUCUUGUUGAUCCGGAGUUGGUUGUUGCUCCUCCAAGCGAUCAAGGAACAACUUGCAUGCCAUGCUUUGGGCAUCUGUAUGGUGAUGUAUCCAUUUGUAGAAGAUGUAUAAUUGGAAAUGUCAUCAGCCCGGUUACUGGGAUAGCUACUAUCUUAGCUCUUAUUGAAAAUGCUGAAACAAGUAACAUGCUUCAUAUAGCCUUGACGUUACUUGCAUCCACUCUUCAUCGACAUUCUCAUGCUGUUCAACAUAUGAAAGCUUGCCAUGGUUAUCAGUUGCUGUCACUAUUCCUUCAAAGGAAAAUAUCCUUAUUUGACGAUCAAUGUCUUGAUAUUCUCUUCAAGAUUGCUGUUUCCGAGGAUCCAUUGAAACCAAGUGAUAGCCAAACUACUUCUCGAACUGAAGAAGUGAUGCCUUUGAUCACUUCUCCGGAACCAUAUACAAUCAAUCAUGACAAUCUUUCUCCUACAGAAUAUGAUGAAAAUCUACAUUGUUUCUCCAAAGACGGAGAAACUUCUAGUCAUGAGUUUCGACCAUUAGCUAAUUCUGUAACAGUUUCAUCUUUCUCGGGUGCACUAUCUGAUGCUGAUAUAGUGGAGCAUGUUUUACUGGACUGGACACUCUGGUUGAGUCUGCCUGUUUCCAUCCAGCUUAAAAUACUGAACUUCUUAGAGAAUUUGAUCUCUGUGUACAUGUACAAGGAUCAUAACCUCACCGUUCUGCGUGAAAGAAACAUCGUCCAUCAUUUGCUUGCUGGUCUACAUAGGGAUGAUUUUGAAGUACUUGUCUUAGAGAAAUUAAUCACCCUACUCGCAAUCAUCUUAGAGCACAAGUUCCUGGGCUCCGAGUUGGAAAGUGUUACGAAAUUCGUGCUUAGAACUUUUAAUCCCCCUGAAGUAAUGAAACCGCAUCAAGUCACGAGGGAGACAAAGAGUAAGCGUGUCACGGUGAGAAAUAUUCUCCUUGAGACGCUCAUCGAUUUGCAAGUGACUAUAUGUUCAGAGGAGUUGCUUGAGCAAUGGCAUACAUUAGUCUCAUCGAAACUCGUCACAUAUUUUCUUGAUGAGUCUGUUACUCCUACGAGUAUGAUAUGGAUCAUUACCUUUCUCGGUUUAUGUCUCACAUCAUCCGCUACAUUUGCUCUUAAAUUCGAGAAUGCUGAGGGCUAUCAAGCUCUGGCUCGUGUACUUCCAAGUUUCCGUGAUUUUCUUGACAUAUAUUACACUCUUUUCUGUUUGAUAUUUGGCAAGCCUAUAUAUCCAAAGUUACCCGAAGUUGGAGUUUUGGACUUUGAAGCAUUGAUGCUCAACAGUGAAGACUUCGGUAACUUGAGAUUUGCUGGCCUUUUGGAUUCUGUAGUUUCAAUGGUGAAAUCUGUAUUUGAUCAACUAAGAGUUCAACCAAAGAUUGCUGGGCAAUCUGUAAAUCCCUCUGAAACUUCUGCUGUAGAUCUUCUAGAGGGAGACACAGAUAUUAUUGAAGAAUUAGCCGAAGAAUGUUCAAAGAACAAGAUGCAUGACACAUCCCUUCUUGGCUGGGAAGCCUCUGCUGUUGACGCCACUUCAGUUUUGAAACUUAUGGCUAAUUCGGCUAAAAUGUCACCCUCUUUCUCUAAAAUGUGCGCGAGAACAGAAUUUCUUGAAAUUUGUGUUGAUCUUUACUUCUCUAUAGUGAGGGCAUACAUGGCUUUCAAGCUAACCAAAGAACUUAAUGUUCCAACUUCCACCAAUUAUUCUAUACUCGAUAUUGAAGGUAAUGAACUCCCUUCUACAACGUCUGAUUCUCAAACGACUUCUAGUGAAGAUUCGGGUUUUCAAACAACCUCUCAUCUACUGCUUGAAAUCGACAAUUCUCGGCAUAGUGGUGAAACAACUUCAGUCGGAGCAACAACUAUCUUGGAUCUUAUAGCAGAAGUCCUGUCUGUUAUUAUGAUUGAGCACACUAAUGCAGUUGAAAUAAUGGAAGACGUUUUGGGUAGUGUUCCUUUGUAUUUGGAUUCUGAAUCCGCUCUAACGUUCCAGGCACUCUGCCUCGGUAGAGUUAUGAGUUACUUGGAAAGGCGGUUAUUAUAUGGUGAUGAGAAAAAUGAACAAAUUUUGGAUAAGAAUAAAUUGUGGUCGAAUUUGGGAUCAUUUUGCAAUCUGAUCAUUGAUCGUGUUUAUUUGGGUGUUUUUCCUCAGCCUUCUGCUGUGAAUAGAGUGCUAGAAUUCUGUUUAUCGAUGCUGCAUUCAGCAAAGAAAGACUGUAAAAUAGAGGAAUCGUCUCUUCCUUGGACGGGCCUACUAUCUGUUUUGAGAGGAAGCAAGCCAUUUGAUAUUAUCCUCAAAUGCACCAAUCGGAUGAUACUGUAUUGCUUUCUUCCGUCCCUACCAACCAUUCGAGAAAAUCCUCUCAUUUUACAAGACGAAAGAAGGGUGAAUAUGAACAUCGUCUUGGAACUAAUACACGCUCAUAAAGACAUCAUUUUCCAUUCGGGCAAUGUAAAUACCGAUCUUUACUGCUCUUUGUGCAUUAAUCUUAUCAGUCUCUUAUCUGACGAGCAAACACAAGCAAGAAACUCUGCGAUGAGUAUCCUAAAGUACUUGUUGGUGCAUUGCCGAGCCUCCCUUCAAGAAAUGCUCAUCUCUAAAGCAGAAAACGGAAAAACCACGGAUGUACUAAAUGGGGGAUUCGACAAACUCUUAACAGAAAACACGUCUACUUUCUUGGCGUGGUUUCGGAACUACGAGCAUGAUAUCAAGCAUGUGUUACAGAAAUACGCAAGCAUCCGAUGGUCACAAUUCAUUGCAGAAUCGGAAAAGUUUAGAAGAGAUAGAUUGGUGUUGUUAGAAGAUCAUUGGACGGCUAAGAUGGGUGAAAAAGUAGAGCUUGCUUUGAAAGUUGAUCGUAUGUAUUGGGUUCAGUACAUUGAACGGAGAUCUGCUCUUGCAGCGAUACAAAGUUCGGUGUGCACUGAGUUCGACGUUUUUUAUCAGAAGAAAAAUGAGUUCGUUGUUCAUGCCGAGAGUGAAUGGAGAAGUCGGUUCGAACAACUUGGGCAUGAACAUAAGAGUGAUCUCAUUAGUUCUUUGGUUUGGGAGGAUUACUGGCCUUUGUAAUCUCUUAAUUUUUGGUUCUAUAUUCUCAAUUUGGGGUUUAUGUGCAUUUGAAUUUGUUCAUGGUAUUGUCAUUAGGGCUUAAUGUGCUCUAUUUUUAAUAGAUUUUGAAGAGUACAUGUUAGAUUUGAUUGUAUAGUGUCAAAUAAUAACUGUAUGAUCCACAUGAACGAGGAGCUUAUGAAGAACAAGAUGUCUCUCUACACCUUGUUUGGCAUACGGUGUCAAAAAAUGAUAACGGUGAUAAAGUUUUUGUCACUAGAAUUCUGGUUACGUCUCUACUUCAAUGAGAACUUUGGAAAAAAAACACAUCUAAAGAUGAAUUUCUAUUAAUAUGAAAUUGACAUGAUACGUCUCAUUGAAAUGUCAAAACAACGAAAUACAUACAAGAAGUCAUAAAAAAAGUCAAAUACUCUGUUUACAUUAUAUAAUGACUCAAAUAUUUAAGAACUCUUUUUUUCUUGUAAUCCUUG